GGGGUGGGGGGUAGGUGUCUGUUUGUGUGGGAUCAGGCAAGGGCUUGCCUGUAUGACUAGGGCCACUCGUAAGUUUCCUGUCUGGUGGAGCUCUAGCCCUGCCCAGAGACGGAGGCAGCAGUGCUGGCCGGCAGGCAGGGGAGGCAGAUAGGGCUCGGGAAACAUUUUCAGCCUAUUUGAUAGGCAGACGGACAGACGGCAGGACGGAUACACGGGUGGGGGCUGUGCUAGGCGGCUCGGCGGCAGGCUGGUGGAAGAUGUCGUUAGGAGCCGGCGGGAGGGGCGGAAGGCGGCUCAGGGGGAUAGCAAGCAGUGGGGGUGGAGGAGGGAGAGGAGGAGCGGGAGAGGCGGAGGAAGGUCCUGUGGGGAUCCCUUUCCCUGAACACAGCGCAGACAUACUGGGCAGCCUGAACAAGCAGCGGCUCAGCGGGCUGCUGUGUGACGUGCUCCUGGUUUCCCAAGAUCGGGAGUUCCCAGCUCACCGCUCCGUCCUGGCGUCCUGCAGCACCUACUUCCACAAGCUCUUCACGUCAGGGGUAGCCGCCGACCAACAGAACAUCUACAACAUCGACUUUGUGGCAGCGGAGGCUCUGGGAGCUUUGCUGGACUUUGCCUACACGGCCACGCUGACAGUCAGUCAUAGCAGUGUGGCUGAGAUCCUUGCUGCUGCACGCCUCCUGGAAAUCCCACCUGUCCAGGACGUCUGUACACACCUGCUGGACACCAAAGUGCUCUCCCCGCCGGCGGGCAGUGAGCGAAAAGAUGAGGGUGAAGAUGAGGAUGGGAAAGGCAAAGGAGGGAGGGAGCAGGGGAACCGGGUGCGGGCCCGGGAGUAUCUGGAGUACUUCCAGAGAGGGGCGCAUUGGAGCAGCAGCUGCAGCACGCCGGAGCUCAGGGACCUGCCCACCGCACACCUGCACUUUAAUCACGGUAACGGGGGCACCCCCAGCAACGGGGCCCCUGUUGGCCCCAGCGAGUACUACUCCCCCUUGGCCCUCGCCUUGUCCCAGGUCCCUAAACAGGAACCAGAGGAAGAAGACGAUGAUGAGGAUGAAGAUGAGGAUGGGGACGCGGUGCAGGGUAACGGAGGAAACCUGGGGUCCUCAUACUACCCUCCGUCCCAAAACGGACACUUCUACCUCCCUCACAAUUCUAGGCUGGGGCAGGAGCCCGAAACGGAGGACGCUUGUAGGGAGGCGAUGAUAACGGAGAGGGGUUCAGCAAGUGCCCUCCUGCAGCAGAUGAUGGACUCCAUCGAGAGGCAGAAGGAGCGUGCUACAACCGGUGAGGACCAGGGAGAUGGCGAUGACCCUGACAUGGAAUUUUACUUGAAUUAUUUUAGCAGUACACAGCACGAAGAUACAGCGUCAUCCGCUGUAACGCAGGGAGUGCCAUCACUCUGGUUAUCACGAGGCAGUACAGCCCAAGACAGAGUAGGAGCAGAGAGGGGGGUCGGAGAGAGAGCCAGCGGGGGUGGAGGAGAACGGAAGAUGCGCUCCAAGGCCUUCCAGAAGUGCCCCAUAUGCUCCAAGGUCAUUCAAGGGGCAGGCAAGCUCCCGCGUCACAUCAGAACGCACACGGGAGAGAAACCCUACGAAUGCGCCAUCUGCAAAGUGCGCUUUACCAGGCAGGACAAGCUCAAGGUUCAUAUGCGGAAGCAUACAGGAGAGAAGCCUUACCUGUGUACACAAUGUGGAGCUGCCUUUGCUCACAACUACGACCUGAAGAACCACAUGCGUGUACACACCGGCCUGCGCCCCUAUCAGUGCUCGAGCUGCUUUAAGACUUUUGUGCGCUCGGAUCACCUGCACCGCCACCUCAAGAAGGACGGCUGCAACGGCAUCCCCUCCCGUCGAGGCCGGAAACCUCGCGUGAGAGAGCCAGGGCUCCUCGAGGCCCCCAUGGGCCUGCUUAGCUCCGGAUCCGACACCGGCCCCGGGUCUCAUACCAUCAGGGGAAGGCGGCGAUCGGAGUCGACCUCGGCAGCGGAGGUGGAGGUUGCUGCUGGAGCACACGCACACAGUCCUCAGCUGCAGGAGCUAGCAGGGGAGGCAGGGCCCUGAGACUGCAGGGAAGACAAGGACACUGCUGGACACCAUAGUCACUCUGCACCGCCUGUGAGACAGGCCAAUGAACAGAGAGGAGUAAAAGAUGCAAAGGCAAUUUAAAAAAAAACUACAAAAAAAAAAACUACAACAAACAACUAACUAUUCCUCUAUAAACCAAAUCAGGGUGUCACAAAAAUCUAAUCUUUAUAUUUCUUUCUCCUAUUACUUAGGACACGGCGUAGAAUUGCAAGCACUUAAGUUGGUUUAUUUGUUAAAGAGCAAAGAACGCUUCAAAUCAUGCACCCAUCACGUCCACUUUCUGGGCCAUUUCUUUCUUUGUAAUAAUAGGGGUUUUAUACAUAUGUGGCAUAUGUGCUUAGGCAAAUGUAUGAUAGAUACAAAGGAACUCUGAGCAACUAUGCAGUUGAUUUAGAUUUUUAUUGGUUUUGUCCUCACAGCCUUCAAGCUCUAAGAAAGGUGUCUGUCAAGCACCUUCUGGCUGCUGUACGGGUGAAGCGAGGACAAAUCCUCCCAAUGAAAACAACUCUUUUUCUAUUCUUUGCAGGUCUGAAAUGUACAGUUACCAUAGAAACACCAUUGCCACAAUAUGGCAUAUGCAAGGAAAACUCGCCACAGUUUUGAUGCAACAGUUUUUUCUCUCUAAAUGUUCCAGAAAGAAUGAGGCAGGGGUUUGAUUGAAGUGUUACUUACUCUCUAAAAUGCAUUUUAAGAAUCUAUGGCUUGUCUUACUGAAAAACAAAUUCACUUUGAGUCAAAUCCACUUUAAUGGGGGCUCGCCAAUUGCAGGACUCGGGGAAAACGAGGGGUGGAGGGUUUGUGUUUCUGAAGCACUACCAUUGUCAAUGUACGUGUUGGCUUUACUACGUGGCCUCUUUUCCCUCACAGCCCUGCGGUGUCAAUAUGUUUGUUCGCCCUUUUGAUUUUGUCUUAAUUUUUGUUUCUCAUUAUUUUAUUUUUUUGACUGCUUCGGGUACUUGACACUUUAUUAUUGUAUACAUGUAUAUACAGCAGGUGGUGAUAUGACAUUGGCCCCUCUUAAUGCUGAGUUGUAGUUACCAAUCACAUUUUUUUUUUCCUCGUAGGCUUGAUGUCAUAUUUCUCAGAGAGUGAAGCUCGUGGGUGAACAAAACAAACUGUAUGAAUGUUCGAUGAGAGAGGAAAAAAAAAAAGCAUUGAUUCACCCAUUUGUCCUAAACUUAACACUUGAUAUGUUCCUGCCCAAAGGACGAGGGGGUCGAUUGAAUGAAUGUGCUUAACUUUUUGCAGUUUUUCGGAUUCUGUCCUUGUGUGACAAGGCGCGGGUAGCACUUAACCAACCGCAGGUUAAAGGAGCCUGAGUGAGAGAGUGACAAAGAGUACGAAGAGAUAGACGAGCACCUUUUUUUCUAUGUUUGCACAGCUUUACUAAAGAUAUCCAGCUGAGGGAGAGGUAAUAUUUAAAGGAAGCGGGCUGAUGUGCAAGGAGGUUUAUGCUUAUUCCAAUCUUUUUGCCCUGGGGACCACACAACCGUAAGGCAACCUGUAUGAUGAAGAGAGCAAUAAAUACCUGUCCAAGUUGGGAGGCCAAAUAGGAGCGCAGCUGCAGCUGGUUGAUGGGGGAGGGGAUCGAGGGAAGGGGAGGGGGAUCUCGCAAUGUCUGUUGCAUUCCAAAAAAUAAUCUCCCCCAGCUCAGCCACGUUUCCAGGCAGGAGGGGAUCAAAUCAGGCCUUUUCUCUCGCUCCCUCUCCCUCUGUAGUCCUCUAAUGCCCCCGAACCAGCCUGGAGGGGAUAUUAUUAUAUUAGAGCCUGGUGUUACUGUGGGGAGGACGCCUGGUGCUGGCAGUUUAGUGUGCGACUGUGUUUACAUGUACAUGUGUUUGCGUGCGUGUGUGUGUGCGUGGCAGCCAGGGUCCCUCUGGCCACAUCAUCAGCGUGUGUGAGUCAGCCACAGCCUGUUCAAACAUGCACCCUGAGCUGCCAGCCCCAAUACACUUUGUCUCGCUAACACACACACACACACACACGCUCACUGGGUCCAGGUAUCCUGUAGAGAAGGGGAAAACACCAGAGCUGACAUAUCUGUUUGAAUAUUGUCAGCGACUCCAUACGUUUGGAUUUGUCCGUCUUAAACAAUAAUAAACUCCAGAAUCUGACUUUAGUUUCCAUACGAGCACAUUGAGCCUUUUGCGUUAAGAGAACAUGUAUGUGAUGUAGAGUGCGCCCCCCCCCCCCCCACCAGCCCACCCUGUAAUUUCUGCAGUAGUGCUUUUGUUCAACUAUCAGUCCUUUUGCACGUUGGAUGGGAAGAGGCAGGUCAUGAUUGCACUUUGUUACUGAGGAGGGCACUUUGGUCAACGAAACGGGUACUUUGAAACAAACCAGUUGCAAAUGAGAUCAGCCUUUUCCUUUAGUGCGUGAUGGUGAAGUCGAGCUCCUUCGCUGGUUUCGUUCAGGUUUUGACAACAAGCUGCCAAAAAAGAAAAGAGGAAACGAGUGUCGAUCUCUACAAGAGAAGCCAGGCAGGUCCACACACACAAAAAAAAGAGUAAAUCAAUCCAUGUAACUGAAUGCACUUGAAUUUAGUUGUAAAAAAUCUAGUGAUUGUUUUUUGUUUUUUUUUUGUUUUUUUCGUCUUAAUGUAAAGUAAGGGGAUAGAAGGAGGAGGUAGACAAGUGGAAAGAGCGCUGUGUGCGUGUAUACAUGCAUUUUUAUUAUUUUAUUUUUUUGCAUGCAUGUGCACAAGCAUGCAUUGCUGGCUGGCAGGCUGAAGGGUCUCAGGACAACGCUGGAUAAACAAACUUGGUGUCUACCCCAUCUGUUCACCAGCUACUCUCAAAACUACAUGUGUUCUCGGAGGAACUGCAGUGAUAAUAGGUCCGCGGUACCACAGAAGCGAAAAUACCAUAUUGUAGAACAACACAUUGGACAGUUGCUUGUUUACUUCACGGCUCUCUUGGUGCAGAUUUGCAUAACUCUUUGUUUACCCUUGUUGGCCAUUGUCAGGGUUUGGCCAGGUCUUGAGAGUUAGUUUCUAUUUUUGUUGUUUCGUUAUGAUAAAGAUGGGGUUAAUUAUUGCACAGUUUGACUCCUGCAGGCAGACCGAUGUAAGCGGGGCAGUCUAAUGUCUUGUGAUCUUCAUGUAUCGUGGUACUUGGCUUGGACUGCCUAAACCCACUAAUCUUGACGUGGCAGACGUUUUACCUGUCAAGACCUGUGGGUCAUCUUAAACACAAUGUUUCAUUGGACCUUAAUGUUUCCCCAAAUGUCUUAUGUUGUUUGUUGAUUAACCAAAGUUUUUUGCCCUCCAUCUUAGUCUACUGUAAACAAGAGAUAUUGAAAGUAUGUCUAUAAUUUUUCCAGGCUGGGCCUCCCUGACUAAGCCACACACAGAUGCCCUUCUCUGGAAUACAUAUGCAGAAAUGUGUGUAUACUUACUUGAGUUUGCUUUCUCUCACUCUUUGUAUCCUUGUGGAAAAUAGAAUUUGAGGUGUAAGGAUGUAUAGCUUUUUGUUUCUGUCUACACUCGUUUUUCUUAAAAUAACGUGUUGUGCUACAGCUAUUUUUUUUCUAAUAAUUAUACGUGGCCGUGCGUGUGGGUGUGUAUAUGCUAGUGUGAGUGUGCGCGUGUGUGUGUUGUCCGCGUGGUCAUGGUUUUGGGAUGCUGUGCCAGGAAGGUGGGGCUAAUGGGUGCUUGGGUGGGGUUAUGGAUAAAAGCCUGAUAGCACUGGAAGUGGUGCUUUAGCUGAAAGAGCAAAAGUUUGCACUAAUGUUAAAUGUCCUUGUCCUGCUUAUGGGAAAAGGACAGGGGACCUCAGAAAGGCCUGCGAGUUUCCAUGAGCACAGAGCUGUGUGGUUAAUACUCAAUGGUCUCAUUAAGAGUCCAUCCAACCCCUCCGUAGAAAUAAUCAUGUAUAGUAUAUUCAAAAUAUACAGACGUCCAGCAACAAUAAACACCAAAGGAGAAAAAAAAAACUGCUUUCAUUUAAGUCACUGGGCAUUUUAAGCUACCAAUGUAAUGUUUGAUUAUUAGUUUUACUGUUUAAUCUGAAGGCUCUUCAAAAGAGAUUUGGGAUAUUUUUUUUGUUUGUUUUUUUGAUAGAAGUCAAUCAUACGUGCUCUUUAUACAUGAAAAUCUAAAUAUAGAAAAUUUAGGCAAGCAGCAAAUCUUCUCUGAAAAAAGGAAAAAAAACCUACUAGUUCCUGGUGAUGGCUCAGAUGCAAUGUUUAAAGAUGCCACAGAUACUCAUUCCAGUUCUUUGUCAUUCUGAGAUUUUUGUCUUAUGUUGAGUCCGCUGACGGAUUAUCGAUCCUAAAAUCUGAUGUGUUUUUUUUUAAUACUCUUACUUUUGUUACUGCUGAAUUGGAUGAUUUCCAUUUACCUUCUGCUGUUUGAGCUGAGUUUAAAUGUUCUCUGGUUGAGACAGACGGUGACUUUGUGGCCUUGACUGGGCAGUGCUGAGCUCAUGGUGGUGUGUGUGUGUUUUCAGACGGUAAUGUCAUGCGGCGUGGGGCUGAGGCUCACUCCCACCAGGUGGAUUGUGCAGACACAAGGGCCACAGUGUGCCUUAUGUGGACAGGAAUUAAAAAAACAACAACUCUCCUUUAUUUUUAUUUUUUUACCAUUUAAACACUUUUCUUGUAACAUUGAAACCAAAUUGUGAAAGCCGAUUGGCUCGUACUAAAACGAUAGUUAGUACUGAAUGAACUGAUAUAUUAGUGUCUCUCUCUGCCUCCAUGGCUCCACAGCUGGUGUGUCCCCUGCCUCAGCCCCAGGCCAAGGUUACUCUGACACAGGCUGCACCAAGACAGUCUCAGAACUUCAUUGCAACUGUUUGUUUUUUUUCCCUUUUCUUUCAAAUGGACCUUGAAAUGUUAUUUUUUUUUUCUGUGCUAUUAUCAAAGACUUUUUGUAAAUCUAUCUGAGAAGGCCAUAAAACAAAGACUAUAACAAGCACGAUAACUGCAAAAAUCAAACAAAGCAGGAUGGGGUGACUGUUAAUAUGGUGAUAUGGCGACUCGUGGCAACAGAAAGGGGGCUGUUUGCUUUGCUUCGUCAUUUUGCUGCACACCUGAUUUAUUUUUUUGCGCGUUUUCCAUCAGGCUGUCGAAGCAGAGCAAGCUGAGCGCAGCAUAUGCAGUACGGCAGUAUGCACAGCGUGGCUCUGGCACUUACACAGACAGCCCUGGGUCCUUCAGAGAGGCAGGCUGCUGUCUGUUGGCUGCUCUCAGCCAAGCGGGGACAGUUUGCACUUGGAGUUUUUCUCCGUCUCUGGAGAUAUAAAGGUUGGCAUACAGGGAGGAGGAGCAAAUCCAGGUGGUAGGAGAGGGCUGAAUGUUGUUUUCAGGGAUGAGAGCAGGAAGCCCAGGUAACUGUUUAGUGUCGGUCCUCUACGCUGAUGGGAAAUACGUGGCCUAAGAAACGUAACACAAAAGAGGUCACCGCAGAGUUCACAUUGGGGAACUGCAACCAUCAGAAUGUUGCAUAUCUCUUUUGUCUCUAUGUAAGUACUACUCAGGUGGAAAAUUCACUGCUAUGCAUUGGGUUUCAGUGUCUGCUCAGUUGAUCGUAUGUCUAAUCAAACUCUGUGUUCUUGUUCUGUCUUUUCUUUCUUCGUCAUACAAAUAUUUACCGUAAUAGUUCCCUGAAAGGUACUGGCACGAACAGUUCCCUCUUUGUAAAGUGGAUGCGACCAACCUGUUUCUCCAUCUAAUAUUGAUCCAGUGAAUUGUUAGUUGGAGGGAAGGAAGCCGCUUGGGAUUCAGUCUUAUUAGUCGGACUGUAGCGUGCUUGAAAAGAGAUGGGGUUGGAAAAGCACAGGGGAGGGGGGUUUGCGUGUUCUCUCACUUUCUUCUCCCAUCGCUCUCCCUCUCUGUGGACUCGUAGUCGACAUCUUUGCUGCCGACUGGCCUUUGAUCAAAGAUCACACACCCUCAGCAGGGGGAUUGGCAAGGGAGGGAGGUGUGGAUGAGGUAUGGAAGAGGAGACGUUUUCACUUGGUGGUAACGUAAACCAGUUUGGGAUACAUUCCAUAACUUCAUACUGUGAUUCCCACUUUUUAGCAAGGUCGUGCGUCUGAGGAGGGACAAGGAAAUGUUCAACAUUUUGCGGCUGGCUGUUUCUGUCCGUCUGUCUAGCCUCUUUAUCCCACUACUAUGUGACAGACAGACAUGUAGACAGAUAGUUUAAAAGGCCCCCGGUGUAGCACUAUCAAGCUGCCUUUUAUCAGCUUCUGCGAUUGUAACAAAAGCACUUUGCGAAAGGCCAUCCUGAAAUUGUGUGCUUUUAUUUUAUCCUUGUCAAUAUUGUUUUGGUUAUUUUGUCCCUGUCUUUUUGUUUUCUCAGUGCAACUGAUUAUUUAAAUGCAAAAACUAUAUAAGAAAAAAAAAAGAAGAAAAAACUUGAAUAUUUGGUAUCUACAAUGAAGAUGGCUUGAGCUGUCGCCUCAUCACAAACAAACACAUCUCUGUUAUAUGUACCUGUUAUGCAGCUUGUUGCAUAGUCACGCAUUGGUGGUGGUGAUGGUGGUGGGGGUACGGGACGAACCUCCCCCCACCUGCUCUCUGCUCGCUGUCUGGGAUCUUUUUGGGAGAAAGGUGAUUUGAUUUAAUUUCUGGAGACUCUUUAUUGAAACAGAAACCUGUAUAACAGUUGCAAAGCUUUCUGAGAAGGCUCGCUGUGCUGAAUGUUAAACAUGCAGUGUUGUAUCUACUGCAGAAUCUCUUUGUCUGUUGGUAAAGGUUGGAUCUGGUAUCCAUAUUAAGCGUAAAUGAUUAUGAAAAACGGGACGAAAUGGUCAAAUAACCGUCAUUUCCAUUCUCAGAUCCGUACAGACGUACGUUUUGGCCUUAACAUCUACGACGAAUCAAGAUUACUGCAGUAGAGCGGAAAGAAUACUAUCGAUCAUAAUAAGCAUUCAUUAAAUUUAUAGUUCAGUAAAUGGUUUAACGUGGGAGAGAAGACAAAUAGGCUACUAUUUAUAGAUUGAGUUUGACUGUGAUUACUAUAAUUCUUUAUAGAGUUUUUGUUUCUUUUCUGAUGUACAUUUUAAAGUGACCCAGUUCUCAAAUCUGGACAUUUCAGUGAAAAUCUACGCUGAAUCACACGAAGCAGAAAACAGCUGCUCCACAUGUGUCUCUGUGUGUGUGUGUGUGCGCGCUGUUUUUUUUUUUUUUUCUUCUUUCAUUCCUGUUGCUGGGCACAUGCAUCGCUCUGUGUAUCACAAAUUUAUCCCAGAGGUGGAAUACCUGCUCACUUCUACCAUUAACUCCAGUGACAGCGAUGAGAACAUAUAACAUAAAUAGACAUAUUCAGAGUGCAGCAGAUGUUUUUCUCUACAUGAUUCAGUGUGGAUUUUUAUUCCAUAACCUCUGUUGUUUUUCUGCUCAUUGCUAAGAAAUCUGUCAGUGUGUAUCUGUUGGAAGCUGCAGGGUGAAAUAUAGGUGAUUUUUUUUUUUUUUCUUCAGAGAAUUUGCACUUUUUUGGCAACACAAAGAAAUUGUACAUGAGACCACUAAAUCCACAGUCUAAACCAUAUAAUUCCAUUUUGUGUCUUUUAUUUGUUCUGUUCUUUUUUUUUUUUUUUUUUUUUAAUAUAUCCAAAAAUGUCUGGCAUCUGGUUGUCUGGUUUAAAGAAUAUAAAAUCUUUCUAUUAAAAAUGAUGGUUGCAAA